CUGAGGGUAGCUGGACCGCGCGCGUGAGGUGUCAGUUCUGCGCGCGAUCUCCUCCCUGAAGGUGUCAACCUGCUCUCGCGACUUGCUCCAGGGUGUUCUUCAAGUGGUCACGCUCACGAUCACGAUCGCAAUCACGUGCGCGCUCACGCACGCAUUCAUUUGAUCUCCGGUUUCGGUCGCUCCCCCUCGUCGGUUACCCCUCGUCCCCGGGUCUUUCCUCUCUCGCAGUCUCCCUUCGACUCCCUUCGGUUCGACGACUGCGACUGCGACGACGACCUGUGAAACGGACGGACCUCUCAGUGAAAAAGUUUCGGAGCCUGUCGCUCGAAGCGGCCUGGGAGAAUCGUCUCGCUCGAGUCUGGCACGUGACACGCUUCAGCUGGCGAUUAUCAUGCUGGCCGGGAUCUUCGAGGGCAACAAUGUACGUGAAGGAUCGUUCGCGGAGGAAGCUGAAUCGACGUAACGCUGCACACCAGAAUGGCCGGCUGGCCGUUCAGCGCCGCGCUGCUGUUCAGCAUCCUCAUCCUUGUUCGCGGACGAGGAGUGGUGCUGGACAGCCAAGGGCCGGUGCUGGUCUCGGAACCGCGCUCGAGCGUGGAGUUCUCGAACGACACCGGGGCGAUGAUCCACUGCUCGGCCCACGGCAGCCCAUCGCCGAGGAUCGACUGGCUGAUGGGCGACGGCUCGCCGGUGCUACCGAUACCGCACAUCCGUGAGAUGCUGGUGAACGGCUCCAUGUACUUCCUGCCGUUCGGCGCCGAGAGCUACCGCCACGACGUACACUCGGCCGUCUACCGCUGCCAGGCGUCGAACAGCGUCGGCAAGGUGCUCGGCCGUGAAAUCACGGUGAAGGCCGUGGUGCGCCAAAAGUAUGAGGUGCAAGUGCGAGAUGCCUACGUCCUGGCGGGCAACACCGGGGUGCUCAGGUGCGAGAUACCGGCCUUCGUCAAGGAGUACGUCGCGGUCACGUCCUGGUUCCAGGAUUCGGCCUUUAACAUUUACCCCACCGCGGAGAGUGGCGGGAAGUACCACAUGCUGCCCACCGGAGAGCUGCUCGUCUUCUCGGUGACUUCCGCCGAUGCCCACUCGACUUAUCGAUGCCGCACCGUGCACCACGUCACCGGCGACACUGUGGAAAGUUCUUCGUACGCCAGGCUCGUGGUUACCGAGCACCGCAACCCGUCGCCGCCGCGAUUCAACGAACGGGUGAACCCUGGACCGAUUCGCACCGGAGAGACGAUCGUGCUGUCAUGCAUCUCGCAAGGCAUCCCGCCGCCCACGUAUCUCUGGUUCCGCGAGUCCGUGUCGGGCACGACGAUGGUCUUCAACUCGGAGAGGAUCCACGCGCGUGCCGGCGUGCUGGUGCUGCAGUCGGCCAGGGUCGAGGACGCCGGCAGAUACGUCUGCCACGCGAACAAUACCGCCGGCUCCGAGCGAGUGGAGCUGGAAGUCACCAUCAUAAGCAGCCUCUCCAUCCAUCUGGCGCCUCAACAGGUGACUGUGGACCUAGGGAAGGAUGCGGAGUUUCAAUGCUCCGUCACCGGUCAGCCACAUCCGGUGAUCUCGUGGGCGAAGGACGGUCUUCCGGUGAGAGAAGGAUCUUCGGGUAGGAGCAAAAUUACGGGUAACGACGGCUCGACGUUGCGCAUAUCUUCCAUCGUGAGAGACGACAAAGGGAUGUACCAGUGCUUCGCCAAAAACGACUACGAGAUGGUGCAAGCCACGGCCGAAUUACGCUUGGGAGACGCAGCGCCUCAACUGCUGUACAAGUUCAUCGAGCAAACGAUGCAGCCGGGUCCGUCGGUGUCGUUGAAGUGCAUCGCAAUGGGCAACCCUACGCCGCACUUCUCCUGGACUCUGGACGGGUUUCCUCUUCCGCAGAACGACAGAUUCAUGAUAGGCCAGUACGUGACGGUGCACGGCGACGUGAUCUCCCACGUGAACAUAAGCGCUGUGCGCGUGGAGGACGGCGGCGAGUACAGGUGUUCGGCGGUGAACCGCGUCGCGAGAGCGCAUCACGCAGCUCGGCUCAAUAUUUACGGGCUGCCUCAUGUACGAGCGAUGGGCAACUAUGCCGCAGUGGCCGGCGAGACGACCGUCAUCAAGUGUCCCGUCGCGGGCUUCCCGAUCGCCAGCAUCACCUGGGAAAAAGAUGGUCAAAUAUUGCCGACCAGUCGACGUCAGGAGGUAUCUCAGAACGGCACGCUGGUGCUGCAUCGCGUCGACAGCAGCACCGAUCGCGGCGCGUACACGUGCACCGCGAAGAACAAGCAAGGUCGCUCCGACUCGCAGACAAUUCACAUAGAAGUCAAAGUACCACCUAAGAUCGAUCCGUUUAGCUUUCCCGCCAAUAUCCAGGCGGGCGCGCGGGUGCACGUGACCUGCGCGGUCAGCGAGGGCGAUUCACCCCUGAAGAUCACCUGGCUGAAGGAUGGCAGGCCGUUGAAGCCGCGGGAAGCCACCACUCAUCAUAUCGGCGAGUUUGAUCUCGCGUUGAGGAUACAGAGCGCGUCUACCGCGCAUAACGGCAACUAUACUUGCGUGGCGAGCAACGAUGCCGCCAAAACGUCCCGCACGGCGUCCCUGUUGGUCCAUGUUCCACCCACGAUAGCUCCCUUUAGCUUUAAGAAGGACCUGUCGGAGGGCCUGCGGGCCCAGGUGACCUGCAUGGUCGAGAAGGGCGAUCCGCCGUUCACGAUCGUCUGGUCGAAGGACGGCGAACCGAUUUCCGCCCCUGGCACGGCGGCCGCCGCCUUCGGCUCCGCUGCCGUCGCCGCCGCCGUCGCCGCCGCCGCCGCCGCCGCCGCCGCCGUCGCCGCCGCCGCUGCGGCCGUUAACGAUCCCCGACACUCGCAGACACCACCUGGGCUGCGCGUAACCAACAUUGACGCCCAUUCCAGCGCCAUAGUUAUCGAGCGCGUCACCGCCGCGCACACCGGCAACUAUACUUGCCUGGCACGCAAUUCGGUGGCCGAGGUCCUCUGGACGGCCGAGUUGAUCGUUCGUGUGCCGCCACGCUGGGUGGUGGAGCCGCAGGAUGCCCAUGCGUCGGAGGGGAUGCCCCGGCUGAGCCUGCAUUGCCACGCCGAUGGCUUCCCACCGCCGUUGGUCACCUGGCGACGUGGUAACGGCAAGAAACCCGGCAAUUAUCGCGACAUAACCAAUCACGAGCACGUGCAGGACCUGAGGAUACACUCCAACGGCUCGCUGGUGUUUGGCCGAGUGCAGGAGGACCACGAGGGCUUUUACCUCUGCGAGGCUGUAAACGGCAUCGGAGCCGGACUCAGCAAAGUCGUGUAUCUCACUGUCAACGUUCCCGCGCAUUUCGUGGAGAAACAUCGCAAUCAGACGGCGAGGCUAGGCUCGAAUGCCUCGUUGCGCUGCGAGGCGAAGGGCGAUCAUCCUUUGAAAAUAGUCUGGAAGAAAGCCGGCUCCCAAUUAGAGCCGAAACUUCCCGACUAUCGUUAUACCCUGAAGGAGGACAACACCACCGACGGCACCAUAAGCGUCCUCGGUUUCGUCAGUACCAGUCGCGAAGACAGCGGAAGGUACUUCUGCAUCGCCUCCAACUCCUACGGUCGCGACGAGAUGACAAUUCAUCUUUAUAUUCAAGAGCCUCCAGACUUUCCCCGGAACCUUCACGUAAUCGAGAAAGGCAGUCGCCACAUCAACCUGGGCUGGACGACUAGUCAAGACGGGAAUAGUCCGAUCACUCAGUACAUAAUCGAGUACAAGACCGAGUCGGAGGUAUGGCACGACCACACGUUCCACACGACGGUGCCGGGUACACGUGCUCAUGGCCACGUGAGCGGCUUGCGUCCUGCGGUCACUUACCAGUUCCGGAUAUACGCGGACAACGAACUGGGUCGGAGUCAAGCGAGCGACAUUUUAGAGGCUACGACGGAGGGGGAGAAGCCGGGCGGACCACCGCGAAAUCUCAAAGUUGAUCCCAUCAGCUCCACCGAGUUCAACGUUACCUGGGACCCGCCUGAUCAUGAUUUAUGGAACGGCGAGAUACUUGGUUAUCACGUCGGCUACAAGGAACAGAGGUUCGGCGCGGAGCAGUAUACGUACAAAACUGUGGAAAGACGGAUCUCGACGGCGAGCGUCGCCUUGGGUCUAGCGAGGACUUCCAUGCCCGAGCGGCAGCAUCACUUGACGAACUUGAAGAAGUACACGCGUUACAGCGUAGUCGUUCAAGCGUUCAACGCCCUCGGUCCCGGCCCCAUCGCACAGGAAGUUCAGGCGACGACGCUCGAGGAUGUCCCGAGCAGUCCGCCGCUGGACGUGCGCUGCACGGCACUCUCCUCGCAGUCCUUGCAAGUCUCCUGGGACUCCCCGCCCGACUCCAGCCUGAACGGCAAUCUGAAGGGCUACAAGGUCAUGUGGGAGAGCACGGACGCAUUAGCGGAGUCCAUCAAGCCAGAGAUGAAGAUCACCACUGCCCUGACCGUGGUAAUACACGGCCUGGAGAAGUACACCAACUACUCGGUCCAGGUCUUAGCGUCCACCAAGGCCGGCGACGGCGUCGCCUCGUCGCCGCUCUUCUGCGUCACCGAAGAGGACCUGCCGGAAGUACCGGCCGGCGUCAAGGCCGUCGCCAGCUCGGCCACGUCCAUCAUCGUCUCCUGGCAGCCGCCGUUGAAGAGCAACGGCAACAUCACGGCCUACAACGUACACAUUCGACCGCUAGGACCGGACGGCAAGUGGCACAGGAGGACCUUGCUGCCGCAUCAGACCAGCUACCAAGCCGAGGACCUGCACAAGAGGAGCCAAUACGAAUUCAGCAUCGCAGCUCUCACCUCGGUCGGCGAAGGCCCGCAGACCCCGUUGAUCACGGUCUCACCUUCCAGCGAAGUUCGCGCCGCCAUAUAUUCGUUCGACACCACGCUCGUCGUGCCGUGGAAACAAAAUGUGACGCUGCCUUGUCAGAGCGUGGGCAAGCCCGACCCUUCAGUUAUCUGGAAACGUUGGGGUCAGAUCGUCAACCCGUCCCGAAGGGUGUCGCCUCAUCCUGACGGGUCCUUGCACAUCGUCGAUCUUAACAGGGACGAUAGCGGAAAUUACACCUGUAUCGUGGAGAAUCGCCAUGGUUCCGACAAAAUAAGUCAUCGUUUAACCGUGCAAGUACCACCUGCGGCGCCGAUAUUGCACGCGAUCGGCACCAGCAGCAAUUCGAUCAACGUGCAGUGGAAGAUGACCGACGACGGCGACUCGCCGAUUAAGGGCUACAUCCUGCACUACAAACGCGAGUCCGGCGAGUGGGAGGAGUUCAAGGUGUCGCACAAGGUGAACACCUUCGUAUUGUCGCGGCUCUGGUGCGGCAACGACUAUCAGGUGUACAUGACAGCGUACAAUCGCAUCGGCAUGGGCAAGCCGAGCAAAAUCUUCAAGGCGACCACCAAGGGCUCGAAGCCGAACGACUCGCCCGGCAACGGCGACAAGUUCGUCACGGUCAAUGUCUCGUGGAUCACGUUGCAUCUCAGCAUGUGGAACGACGGAGGAUGUCCCAUUACGUAUUUUGAGCUGGAGUACAAGAAAAGUGGCGAGGGCAUUUGGACGCUGGUCUCAAACAAUAUAGAGGUGCAAAAGACGUACACUCUGAGCGAGCUGCAGCCGGGCACCACCUACAAUAUCCGCAUAAGAGCCCACAACAACGCGGGCUCGUCGGUGGCCGAGUACAAGAUAACGACGUUGCAGCUGCACAUUAGCACGACCAUGUCCGCCAUCGAGAUCGAUCACUACAUCCCGCAGCACACCUCUGUUUACUCGGACCUGAAGCUCAUCGUGCCUCUGGUGCUCAGCUCGCUCGCGGUCAUCGCCGCGGCCGGCGCUGUCUUCUACUGCUUCCGCAAACGUCCGUUUAUGGGCGACAUCGGGAGUCUGCACGACGCUCAGACCGCCGCCGCCUUAGACAAUAAGCAAAACAUGGAGCAACGCGAACAAUAUUACGCCACCGUACGCAAGCCGCUGCGUUCGCCGCUGCACGAGAUGGCCACCCUCGAGAAGAUCCCAGAAUAUUCGGAAGAUAUCUACCCGUACGCCACGUUCCAGCUGGAGGAAAGCGUUCCUGCAGGAGGCGACAGCCGCUGCAAUUCUGCCGCGCCUCUUCAGACCUUUGUCUAUCACGACCCUCGUCUGUCCACUGCCGAUACCCUUCAGUUACGAGAGUCGGAUUGCAACCGGUACACUAAGGUGCGCGGAGGCCGUUCGUCCUCUGCGCCGUUGCACAAAACGCACAAGGUCAGUCAGGGCAAGUCCGAGUCGGAGGAGUACGACACCCUGGGCUCGGACAGCGACACGGAAGUCGGGACCAGCAGCCGAACCGAGUCUUCCAAUCACCUCGUCGAUUCGCACCACUCGGCAUCUGCGGCCGACUCGCGCGUCCACAACUUCCUGUACCAUGGACCAGAAUCUAGCACGUCUACAGAACCCUCACCGAUUUUUGAGAGAAAAUCGUUUCCUGGAAGGGGAAGACCCAAGAUGUUACAGCUGGCGCGUCAUACCAGCGAGGAGGCCCGUGCCAACUUCGGGCCAAUCGCCGGGCCUGGCCAUCCCAAGCACCAGUCGGGCAAUUCCUGUGCCAAUCGGGACCAGGAGCGUGACGGAUCAGGAAACCUGUUCGUCCCCAAACUGGACCCACCCUCGGGCUUCUCCGACGCGUUUGAGUUAAGCGAGGCCGAGUGCGACCUCGAUCGCGGUCAUCACAGCAGCCAACGAAACGUCCGUGACUUCGUAAUCGCGGUGUAAAUAAAUGUAAAAGCUUCCGAUGCGCGCACGCGACAACCCUGUCGUAAGAUAAAGAAAUAAUAGAAGGACGAAAAAACGAAAAAAAGAGAGAGAGAGAGAGAGAGAGAGAGAGAGAGAGAGGAAAGAAGGAAGGAAUGAGAGAGAGAAAGAGAGAGAGAGAGAGAGGAAAAAAUCAAUGCAAAAAUCGAUGCGAGCCGCGGUCCGUCGUUUCGUUAAUUCGAAUUGGCGCCUCGCGUCCGGCCGCCAGCCAGGCAAAAAGUGAUACUUCGACGUGCUCUCUUCGUCCUAUUCCUAGCCUAUGUCGACGAGAUCACGCGUCGCCGUAUCUCCGAGACGGCUCUAUUAUCAGCUGCCCAUCACAGCGGCGCUUCCUGGUCUCCGGCGCGAUCGAUCCGACAUGGUCGAGGUCGAUCCUCGACGAUCGGCUCGGGUAUGUAGGGCGUAAAAUAAUAAUAAUAAUCAGGCGAACGCGAACGCGCGAACACACGCGUGGCGGAUGAAACAUAAGGAAACAUUCGACUUGAACAGAGAGGUUUCGUGAGAAACAGAGAAUUUAUAAACUGCCGCUUUUGGUUUCGCUUGGUGCGAAAGGGCGGCACCGUAUUGUUGUUUGUUCUAUAUUCGUGGCAGGAAUGUACGAUAUAUACGCGAGUCCGCGAUGCGUUUCGACGAUGACGAUGAUCGUCAACUGCCACGUUUGUUCCACUCCGUGUAAUAAUCCUAGUUAGUUGAAAUGGCGGCGCUACGCGUGAUCUGUAUCCACUUCGGAUUUCUUCCCUCCGGCAAGGAUCUCUGCGCGAGUACUUGCCAUCGAGAUGCCAAAUGUACAUGUACACGACACACAGACACACACACACACACACACACACGUGCACCCUGCAAUCCUUUAAUUAUUAACGAUAGCGAAAGUAUGACGCGAAUGCGCGACGACUGUAACAAAACCGUAAAAUUCUAAUGGUAAUCUUGAGCGAACCUGCGAACUGCCAUCUUAAUCUACUAAAUACGAAACGACCAACGACUGCGAGAAAAAGAAGAAGACAUUUUUUCGACCAACCAAAAUAUAUAUAAUAUAUCUGUGAAUCUUCCGUCAGACUUUGUACGGUCCGACAGGACACUAACCUAACCUGUGCCGGAUGCAUAUCGAAGCGAGCAAUACGCGACUUCCGAGCGUUUCCUUUGUCUUCCAGUCAUCCCGGUCAUUUUCGACUCGUCCGUACAUUCACCCUUCACGAUAAAUCGAAUCGCGCGCAUUCAUCGCGAAACAGCCCCUCGCGAGGGGCCUCACCGUAUGUGUUUGAGGAAAAGCAAAUGAUGAGAUGCAAUACAGCCAGAUCGUUCGUCGUUGUCGUCGGUGUCGUUUCAACUUACCUACGAGAGAGAGACUGGAAAGCGUUCUAGUGGGUUCACGUGUGACAUUUAUCGCGCGACGACAGCGCGCGAACCUCACACGGAGAGCCGAACAGCGAGUCCUCCCUCGAGAACGUGUCACGUCGCUUGAACGUUGCUUCACGCGACGCUGGAAUGGGCGUCUCGCCCAUUUUCGAACGUCACGCGGUCAGUGUCACGCGUGCACCUAGUCUUAGUAGACGAGUUACCAUUUAGCGUAAACGUAACAACCGAACAUAAUGUCUGUAAGCUGUCUAUUACUACUGUACACUAUAUCCACUGUACCUUGCUCAAAACGCGCACGCACAUUCGAUACUACUCGUCCUCCCCUGUCAGAUGAAAGAAGAGGCAAAAGAGAGGAGAGAAGAGACGUAACGACACGAACGCCAGCCCGCGUCGAUUAACGAUCGACGGACCCCGAUGUGAUGAUGCGAACAUUUUGUCGAGGAAGAGAAUUUACAGAGAGAGAGAGAGAGAGAGAGAGAGAGAGAGAGAGAGAACUAUGCUCGAGUGUCAUCGCCAUCGAAACGCAGCCUUCGAGAUACUAUGUGUUGCCAUCGAAUCCGUUUAGCCGUUGCCAACCGCGUUGCACUCUCAUCCCCGAUGGUGUUGGGUUAUCGUUCGUUCCGGGCCGGGUGACGAUGAUCUUUUCAGUCAGUCGUUACUCCAUGUCCAGCACUACCCCGUAACCGCCGGUCCCACGUUAUUUCAGCCCUCGAGUCAUUUCGCGUGAGGUGGAGGAAAGCGAGAGGAGUCGUCCUGUUGAUAUAUCGUCUACUUUACGACACAUGGAAUGAUGAUUUAUCGCAAAAUUCGUACUAUUGUGUUUUAGACGACUUUAGAUUGUUUAUAUUCUAUUUACUUUGUAAAAUAUACAACACUAAUUCCA